AUGAUGUGUCCUCGAGUUCUCCGACCGACUUUGGAUCUUGUUCGCUUUUUCCUUUUAAGCUUACAAUUCCUCCUGGCCGUGCACCCGUCACGUCUCGCCCCUACCGCGAUAAAUCCCCCGGUGGCGAAACAAGUCGACGCCAUCCUUGACCAAUAUCUUGCGGCAGAUUUGAUCCAGCACUCGACCCCGCCUUACUCGAGCCCUUUGGUAGUCAUACCGAAGAAAUCUGGUGGUGUUCGCAUCACCGUCUAUUAUCGCAAGUUCAACAAGCUUUGUGCUUGGAGUCAGCUUCCGAUUCCUCGAGUUGAUGAUACUUUGGACAAGUUGUUGAAAGGGCGAAUUUAUUCCCUUUUCGACAUGAAAUCUUCGUUCCACCAAAUCACGGUGCACCGCGAUACAAUUCCUUUGACGGCAUUCGUGACGUCUUCCGGGCUUUUCGAGUGGUUGAAGAUGCCCCAAGGCAGUUCGGCUGCCUUUGGGUGGUUUUGCAAAGUUGUCAAUGAAGUCAUCAAAAAUUUUCGCGAUGUUGCAUCGUACGUGGAUGAUUUGAUCGUCUUUGAUGACACCCCUGCUACUCAUGUUGGUACCAUGCGCGCCCUCUUUGAACGCUUGCACUUCCUCGGACACACCACCUCCCCUGACGGCGUUAGGCCUAACGGUGCCAAGGUUUCGGCCCUCACCAAAAUGCCCAUGCCCAAGGAUGUCAAGCAACUACGUUCCCUUCUCGGUGGUCUCAGCUACUACCGUAAGUUCCUCUCCAACAUGGCUAAACGCAUUCGACCUCUGAGAACUCUACUCAAGAAGCAGGAGAAGUUUAUCUUCACCCCUUCCAUGCAGCAAGCCGUUCGCGUUUUAUUAGCUGAGUUGUCCUCCUGUUUUGGUUUAUCCAGCUUGGGAUGCCGUUUUAGACUGCUCACGACCUUUUCAUCUUUACUGUUAUGCUAG